CUGUUUUAACUGAUUUUUGUAGAUUUCACACUAACAAACGUCGUCAUAACGAUGAUGGAACGUCUGCUUCUGGUUCUGUGUGACGUGUCGCUUGUUAAGUUUCAGGUCGUCAGGAUUAAAAUAUCUCGCUGAAUCCAAACGUCUGACUUCAGUCUGCGAGUGUCUGAAUGACCUUCAUCACCUUCACCUGAGUCAUCAUCCGCUGCAACAUGACGUCGCCGUGAUGCGCAUCGUGUUUCCUUCUGCUCAGAACAUUCACGGGUUAACGAGGAGGAUUGUCGGUUAUGAUCCGAUGAUCAGAUCAGAGCUGGUUCGUCACAUGCUGUCCGACCACGCUGGAGAUCAGGUGUUUGUAGUGGUUCAGAACGUCUGUACUCAGAGAGGGAGAGGCUUAAUACGGCGAUAACGGCGUGUUUUCCUGGAAGACUUCAGUGCUGUUCACAUGAAUGAAACAGGAGAGCUGAGACAGUUCAGCCAUCCAACUCGUCUCCAUGGAAACACGUCUUAGGUCCCCUCUCCUAGCACAUUUUAACCCUUCGCAGGCUUAACGUGAUGCCAGUGAACGCAUCACUAUACGAUCCUUUAAAUCUCAGUUUAAUUAAAUGGACUCUGGUUGACGUGAGGCGGCCAUAUUUGUUUCAGGCUCUCUGUACGUAGUCAUGGUAACUAACUACAUACCAUAAGAACGCAGCGUCAGAGUUUGUUUGUUGGUCCUUCUGUCCGUCCCAACCUCCUUCACUCUGACACACAGGUGGCUUUACUCACCUCAGGUCACCUGAGGUCACUGGAGGUCACCUGAGGUCACAGGAGGUCACCUCAGGUCACUGACAGUGUGAUCAGAUAUUUAUCCAAACAUCAUCGCCAUGGGUUUCCCUGCUGAGCGUCUGGAAGGAGUGUACAGGAACAACAUCGAUGAUGUCGUCCGGUUCUUAGAUGCAAAGCACAAGAAUCACUAUAAGAUCUACAACCUGUGUGCAGAGCGACAUUAUGACACCACCAAGUUCAACUGUCGAGUGGCUCAGUAUCCGUUCGAGGACCACAACCCGCCCCAGCUGGAGCUCAUCAAGCCCUUCUGUGAGGACUUGGAUCAGUGGCUGAGUGAAGACGAGCAGCACGUCGCCGCCAUCCACUGCAAGGCGGGAAAAGGUCGCACCGGCGUGAUGAUCUGUGCCUAUCUGCUGCACCGCGGCAAGUUCCAGGAGGCUCAGGAGGCGCUGGACUUCUACGGAGAGGUCCGCACCCGUGACAAGAAGGGCGUGACCAUCCCCAGUCAGCGGCGUUAUGUCAUCUACUACAGCUUCCUGCUGAGGAACCAGCUGCUCUACAAACCUGUCGCUCUGCUCUUCCACAAGAUGCUGUUUGAAACCAUCCCCAUGUUCACUGGCGGCAACUGCAAUCCUCAGUUCGUGGUGUACCAGCUGAAGGUGAAGAUCCACACGUCUAACCCCGGAAACACCCGGCGGGAAGACAAACUGAUGCUGUUCGAGUUCCCGCAGCCACUUCCUGUCUGCGGAGACAUCAAGGUGGAGUUCUUCCACAAGCAGAACAAGAUGAUGAAGAAGGUGAUGAGGAUGGAAAAGAUGUUCCACUUCUGGGUCAACACCUUCUUCAUCCCGGGCCCGGAGGAGAACCUCGACAAACUGGAGAACGGCAGCGCCGGGACGCCGCGGGAACCGUCCGACAGAACGCCGGGGAUGACGACGACGAUGACAAUGACUGGAGGAGAAACCAACGACAGGGAUUACCUGGUUCUCACUCUGACCAAGAACGACCUGGACAAGGCCAACAAGGAUAAGGCCAACAGGAACUUCUCCCCGAACUUCAAAGUGAAAUUAUUCUUCACAAAGACGGUCGAGGAAGGAGCUAACUGUGACACCAGCAGCACGUCGGCCUCAGUUACUCCGGAUGUUAGUGACAAUGAACCGGAUCACUACCGCUACUCCGACACGACGGACUCGGACCCGGAGAACGAGCCGUUCGACGAGGACCACCACAAUCAGAUCACAAAAGUUUGACACACUCACACAGAUAUAUAUAUAUAUAUAUAUAUAUGUAUAUGUAUAUGUAUAUAUGUAUGUAUAUAUAUAUAUAUAUGUAUGUAUGUAUGUAUGUGUAUACAGGUCGUAUGUAAACAAACUGACUGUGGUUCGCUGACGGGGGAGUAUAACUGACGGACCAGAACUGACCCCGUCCCCCUCCCCUCCUAUCUUCUGCCCAGCUGGACAAUCACAUGAUCACAUGACAUGGCGGUCAGCGGUGAGGGGGGUGGGGAUAAAGGUAUGGGCGGGGCUGGGCUAACGGACGGCGAAUGGACAAUAAGACAGAUGAAUGGACAGAGAGGAGGAUUAAAACACAAAGGAGUAAAACUUGAAUAUAAACAAACUGACAAGUAGACUUCUUCAGUUACGACACCGAGAUGUUUGUUGGAUGAAUCCCCACAACCCCCUCGAGUCCUUCCUUCCUUCCUGCCCAGUUUAGGAAACUAUAUGCAGACCAAUCUUUAUUUGUAUCAGCUCUUCAGUCUUCAGUUGUGUUUGUCAGUGUCGACUCUUCUCUCUGUGUGCCAACGUCAAACAUUUCAGCCCUAAAGUGUUUUUUCUGUAGAAAUGUGGCUCAUUUUAAACGUGAAUGAAGUGGAUCUUUGAAGGCCAGCAAACUUAAAUCUAAGCUGAUAAAUUAGUAUGAAUCAGACAAAUUUAAUGCCAUAAAUCUUCAGUGUUUCCUCCAGAACUUCAAAAGGCUCUGAAACUGAAUUUAGACACUGAAAUCAAUUUUAUUGAAUGAGAUUGUCGAACCACUUGUUGAAUUAUGGAUGAAUCAUGUUUUUAAACCCCCGCAGGUUAAAAUCUGCUGGUUUAAUACAUUUUUAAAUAGCUGAUUGGUCUAAAAUGAUUUUCCUGCUUACCUUAUGAAACUGGAAAUUUUAGGUUUUUGACCCUGGUCUUCAGAAAUCCCCUCAACUGGACCAGUCUGAGCCAGUUUAGACCUGGUUCAGGAAAACAAAUCAAAAGUGUCACCCAGAUGAAUUUGAUCUUGACAUUGGGCUGCCCCCCCCUCCCCCCUCUGUUGGCAGUCUUGACUCAUAUUUGGGCCAACCCAGACCAGUCUCAGUGCUGGUUUAGACCCAGUUUAGCUGGUCUGGACACGCAGAGAGAAGAGAAGCUUGAUGUUUGAAUGUGACGAUGAAGAAGACAAAGUUAUUAUUCACAAUCUGCUGCAGUUCUGUCAAUCAAACACAAACAGUUCAAACCUACUGUGAACAAAUCUACUCCUACUUUUCUGUCUGUCUCUAUUCUGUCUUUAGUUUUGCACAGAAGGUCUUCAGCCUUCGAUCAGCUCCUCCAGUUACAGAAAUACAUGUUAAACUCUGACUUACAUCAAUCAUUAAGCUAAACAACAAACAAGCUACACACAGUGUUACCAUUCCUUCAGCCGGAUGUUUUAAGCUAUCCGCCUAGGUAAGCUAACACACCUCGAGACAAACUGAAGCAGAAAGCUACGAUCUCCAGAGCGCUUGGUUUUGAUGUGUGUGGGAUGCUAGGCGGGUGGGGUUUGCACUUUUUAAAGGACAGUUCGCUGAAUCAUGAGGCUUCUGUUUCUGGGCGAGCUCAGUCCAUCCAUGAAAGCUUGUUGGCUCGUGUUUGUGUCGAUUUCUGUCGAGUUAAAUGAUGCAGUCCUUUUUUAAAGUUGACAUUUAUGAGGUUUAGCUCAGAGUUUCUCAACCUCGGGCUCAGGACCCAACGGGUGUGAGGUAAAUUUCUAAGACAAAUACAUUUACAGUAAAAACAUAAAGUAAAUAUUUCCAUUUAUGCUUUUUAAAAUAGAAAUCUGAAGGACAUACUCAAGAGUCAUGAGACUGUUGUGAUAGGAGCACUGGCCAGAGGAGGUUGAGAAAACUGUUUGAGCAUGUUGUUAAAUCAGCACCCCAGCUGCUGACCAAUCAGCUCCCAGCAGGCUGCGUGACCACAGUUGCUCCUGAGAGUCACGAAGUUCAGGCUCAGUGUGUCUUUGGUUUCUGACAUUUCAAAGAGGGUGAUUCUUACCCUGCGGUAGACUAUUAAUCCUUUAUUCACUGCUACUUCUCUGAGAUAUUUAAAUUCUUGCAAAGUGUACCUUUAACACCCGGCACAACAGUUUGAGGAUCACAUUAGCAUUACAGCAGGUGGGAGACUAUUACAUCAUUAGAGCAAGCCAAUCCAAAACCAGUCCCAAACUAGUUCCUGUUCUUUGAGCUUUUACCAAAUGUCGCAGCCUUUUUUGUAAACAUGACCAGGCUUUUGAUCUGUUAUUUUGUGGAUGUACCUAUAAACUUCUUUCUGCUCAUCCAGUGUUCUUCUGCACAGCUAAACAGAAGUACCACAAUAGACCUGGACUUCAGAUGCAACAGUUAAGUCCCAGCACCAUCUGGGCCAGACAGGGCCUCUGUCAGAUGCCUGUGCUGUCAGUAACGGGCCCUGUUUGAUAUAUCAGCCCAUUCCAAUCGGCACCCAAUAGACUGAGGCAUCCAUAAUGAUCAUUUAAAUGAACAUAUGCCUCCAGAUCAUCAUGUGUGGGUUAAGUUUUAGUCCCACCUGAUGCCUGCUUUCCGUCCUAACACUUGGUGCUACAACCUUCCAUCGGCCCUGCGUUGGUCCUGUAGUUACUGAUUGUUCAUGUGAGGUGUUGUUUCCAGGACUCUGGGUUGGAUCUUCAAGUUGUUGCCAUUGACCAUGUAGGACUCACUGGGAUCCUGAUCACACAGGACGCACUGUGGAGGCCUAAAAACAUAAAAUCCACAGUGCUUCUUUAUUCUGAGAAGCUGCUAGGGUAGAGGCACUGACAGAGUCUUUGGACAAUGCGCAGACAGGUGUCUUACCCAACCCAAAAUUCCAUUUUGACAUCUGAACAGUUCCCAGACUCGGACAGUCAGCGUCACCUGGAAGGACACUAAGAGGUAGAUGCCUGAAAUAUCAAGCAUGUUGGGUAGUGAUCAUGAUAUCCCAGAUGUGUGUUACAGAGUGAGGUGACCCUGACAGAACAGGGAGGGCGAGGCUUAUCUUGGACUCAUCUGGGACUAAUCCCGUCGUCCAGAGGGUUGCUGGUCUAGAGGGGAAAAAAACCAUCCAUUCCUAGUUUUGAGCCUGAAGCUGUUUACUCAGCUUCUCCUGGUGAACAGGAACAACCAUGUCCAACUGUUCCUUCAGCAUCCUUGAAAGACUUACAUGUGAUUGGAAAGCAAAGAAAGGUCUGAGAUGAUUGAAACCCUUCAGGUUUUCACAACAAGGAGCACAGGGGUGGAUAAACCUUUGAAUCGCUGCCCACAUCUCGGACUUGUUCAGCUCAAAAUAGCUCUGGUGUUGUGCUCAUUGGCUGUUUCAGUACCAAUCUGAGCCAGUAAGAGAUUUGUAGGCAGGAUGAAGAAUAGGGAAGUCAUCUUCCUUUGCGGAGCCAGAAAAAUGUCCACUAAAAUAUGUUAACAGCUGCAAACCACCUCUGCCACAGCUUCUGUCGACUGAAAAUGACAAACAGGAUUGUUUUGAUUAUUUCCAGCAAAAUAAGCCCCUCUGAAACAAAAAACAGCUAACACCAUGUCAGGUUGAGGGAUUGUCUGAUUAUCAGGCUGUAAACAAGAGGAAUCUUGAGCAUAAAAUAACAUCCAGACCCCUUGAAGUCAUUGAAACGAGUAGAAAAAGGUUCCCUCUGCCUAUAAAGCUGCGUCCUGUGUGAUCACAGCUUGAGGUGUAGCACUUAGCAUCUUUUAGCCUCGUGCUAACAGCCAUUGUUGGGCCUACAGUCCAUGUUGGGUUUUAGGUGCUAAGCUAAGCUAGCCAGGGCCGAUGUUGAGCCUGUUGUCCAUCUGUGGUGCUCUCUACCAGCAGCGAGUGUUCGUCCAGUCUGGAUCUGUGACUCCUGCAGAUCCUCCUUCAUGUUCACUCUGUGAGCAGCUCCGUCGUCGCUGUAGCGAUCGAUCCGUGGGCUCCGUUUGUGUCGCCACCGGCGUUUCACAGCAACAACACACUUCCUGUUUGAGUUAGGUGCUGUCAGGCCUGACCUCACCUCCUGUCAUCAACCCGUUCAGACAUGACCGGCGUGUCGACCCUUCCAGACAUGCAGAAACAGCAAAAGGCUGAACCGAACCAGCAAACUGGGAUGCUAUUUUCCACAGUAUGACCAAACAUUUUAAGUCGAAAAGGAAACAAAGGUUGAUGCUUUUCCCAUUUUUCCAAUAAAAAUGUUAAUUCAAAAUGUCUCGGUGUAGUUAGGCAGAUUGUAAGGCUGGUUUCUAUGACAACCCCAGUAAAUGGUGUUGGUGGUGCAGCCUUCUACAUCAGUCAAGCUGAUUGGUUGAUACAACAUAAAGAAAGUGAACGGGCUUCAGUCCUGAAUGUAUACCGCUAACAAAUAACCCACAACCUAAAUGUUUACAUCUUAAUCCGAACAUCUCAGCAAACUUAGUUAAAAAUUGUGUCAGAAUAUAAAAGUGAUUAAGAUUUCAACAGUUGCAGAGAUGCAGAUACAGAUAAACCUGAUUGAAAGCAUCAACAGAUGGUUUUAGUUCCUCCUGCUGAACGCUGGUCGUGUUCGGCGCGUAGCGGCGUCACUGAACGGGUUUCAGGUAUUUGAGGUCAGGCAGGUGCUGUCUACGUCUCUGACUGUUCCAGGUGCUCUCUAUCUUUUUCUUCAUUUUAUUGUUGUUGGUCGUCCUCGUUCAACUGUGUCAAGUCCAUCUGGGAGAUUUUGACCGAAGUUAUUGUAAGUCAGCAGUCGGGGUCCAUCCAGAACGAGGAUUUUCUCUUCAACUCAAAAUUUUACAAAAAAUUUGUCCCCAGAAAUGUACCGUCUUCAGAACGACUCAACAAAAGCUUUUGAAGUAAAUUUCCUGCUGUGUUCACAGAUGUUCAGGUUCCUGCACCGAUCCAGAAAGUCUGAAAGAAGAUAAAAGUCUUUGUGCUAACAGAUCGUUGCUUAGAAAGACAGAAAAGUACGUAAAACGUCUAAAUGUGAAGAUCAUUGAAGGUUGAAGACGUGUGAACGUCAGUGAAUCUGGAAUCUGUGAAGGAACCAAGAACUUUAAUUACAGUUUAAUCAAUCUCCUGUUUUUCCCUCUAUGAUAAAGCGUCUUCGAUACGUCUGGUUCAGCUCACCGGACGACUCUUUUCUGUUUACAUCUCAUCACCAAACCUGCCAAAAUGAAGCUCAGAUGCUGAUCUUUUGUUUGUUUUUUUUUAUGGAAUUUGUUUGUUUGUUGGUUAGUUUGGAGGUUUUCUUCUUUUUGCCUUAAGGUUCGGUCACAGCGGCCCUGUGAUGUCAGAGUAGUCUGGUCGUGUUAUGUACAAAAACCAUCAGGAGAAAAAUGGAUUCUACGUUUCAAAACACAAAGCUUCAGUGUUGCUUUUGGAGGAAGUGGUCAUGUGACCGGACCUUUACUUGAAGUCAGAGUUUCCUGCUCGAUACAGCUCUGUUGCGUCCUCUGCGGCUCUUUGGUGUCUGAAAAUACGUCUGAAAGGUUUCGAUGUCCAAAUCAUCCCGUUAGAAUCAGUGUUUUUCAGUAUUGAUCAUUUCCACAAUCAUUCAAACUGUCAAAAGCUCUGAGGCUCGUUUCAUCUCCAGAAAACUGUUUCGAGCAGAGCGUCAUCAUGUUUCUGAUGAUGUUUUGCUUCAUCAGGUAUUUUUGUUUUGUAGUUUUGUUUCCACUCACACAAUAAACAAACAGAGAAGUCACCAUAACGACGACCUGUAUCACCAUGGAAACCAAUAUGUCAUUUUAAACUGCCCCCGGUUCUUUUAUUCUUUCCCUCCUUGUUUUAUAAUGAAAUAAAAACACUGUAAAGGUGAAUAAACUAUUUAUAAACA